CAGAAGGUUGCUUGCCAACCGCCAUAAAACCAAAGAAGAAGAAGAAGAAGACUCCACCUCCUCCUCCUCGCCAGACUGAAAGAAGCAAACAGCUUUCGAAAGGAAAAAAGAACAGCUUCGGUGCUUCAUUCCUGUGUUGAUAUUCACCUGCUUUUCAGACGUCUGUGAGGUUCAUCUUCUCCUUGAGCAGCAGUAGUGGACCUCGAGUAUGGAGCAGGAUGAGUCCCAGCCCCCCUAUAUUAAAGAGGAAGAGGUCCUGUCCCCACAAAUAAAAGAGAAAGAGGAGUAUCUCCACAUUAAAGGGGAAAAGGAGGAGCCAAAGCAACCCCACAUCAAAGAAGAGGAGCCACAUACCUCUUACAUUGAGGAAAAGGAGUCACACCCCUUCCUCGCCUUACAGAGAAAGAGGAGCCAUACCCCCGCUCACAUUAAAGAGGAAGAGGAGGAACACAGCAUCAGUCAAGAAUGGUUGGAGGAGUUCCAUGUGAUUGUGAAGAGUGAAGAUGAUGAGGUCAAAGGUGAAAGUGAGGAGAAGAGAGAGGCGGAGCCUCCAAGCAGCAGCUCAACUCAACACAUGACAACAGAAGAUGAUGACACUGAUGAUGAAGAUGAUAAGACAUGUCACACUGACAACACACACUUCACAUGUUCUUUCUGUGACAAAGCUUUUAUUAACCAUGGCAGACUAAAAAGACACAUAAGAAUACACACUGGAGAAAAACCUUUUGCCUGCUCAAGAUGUGGUAAAAGAUUUUCUCAAAAACAACAAAUGAAAACACACAUGAGAAUACACACUGGAGAAAAACCCUUUUCCUGCCCAGAAUGUGGCAAAAGUUUUGCACGAAAGGGGUGUUUGGUGGGACACAUGAGCACACACACUGGAAAAAAACCUUUUUCCUGUUUAGAUUGUGGUAGGGAUUUUGUACAAAGAGGUGGGCUGAAAGAACACUUAAAAAUACACAUUGGAGAAAAACCUUUUUCUUGUUCAAUCUGUGGUAAGUAUUUUAUAAAAAAAAUACUAUUAUAAAAUACACAUGAGAAUACACACUGGAGAAAAGCCCUUUCCUUGUUCAAUCUGUGGUAAAGGGUUUAAUCUAAGACACAAUUUGAAACCGCACAUGAGAACACACACUGGAGAAAAACCUUUCCCCUGCUCACAUUGUGAUAAAGUUUUUGCACGACAAGAUUCGUUAAAAGUACACAUGAGAAGACACACUGGAGAGAAAGUGUUGUGUUGCAGUGCAUGCGGUGCAAGAUUCUCUUAUAAGUACCAGUGUAAGAAACACAAGUGUGCUGGUGAGAACAGCAGCAGCAAAUGAAGAUGCAGGAUUUGAAGUAAACGGUCAAAAGUUUGACUUUGACUUUCUAACAACAUCAACAAAUAUAACAUGUGACAUCAUAGUUGUGUGUGUAACACGGUCUUGUUAAUAUGCUUCUAUCAUUUAUAGAUUAUAUAUUUCAAUUUUUUUUUUUUUUUUAGCUAAGUACAUGCAUUAUUAGACAACAUUAUUUACAUGUUUUUAACAAUGAAGAGAACAAUUUGAGUAAACAGUACAAAACAUGUUACAAUAAACUUCUGAUGUGUGUAUGACUACUCAUAGUUCAGUUUAAAAGUAUUCAUUAUAGUUUUAUUUAAAUAGGUUUUUGAAAUAAUUAAGCUUGACAUAUUUUCUUUAAUAAUUGUAAAUGAUCCCAUGAAUGUAUUCCUUUAUUUGACAUAAAUGUUUGUUUUACACGUGUUCAUACCUUUGCUUUUAAGUACACAUGAAUCACCUCUUAGUUGAUAUUUAUUGGUUCACGUCUCAAACACCUUAGGGACCACUUCUGGAAGCAUAAUGUUUAGGUCAGACAUCGUUUGAGCAGUUGUGUUUUAUACAAGAUCAUUUCCUCUUAAAAUGUGUGAUUCUAUGAAUGAUUUGUUGGGCCUUUGUAAUGUAAAUAUUGUUUUGUGAUAGCUUUAUAUGUAAGUCCCCAGACUUUUAUGCAAUAGAGAAAAAGGCAGAAUUAUUUGUGGAAGUUUAUGAACGAUGGUUUUUGUUUUGAAGAAUCUACGUUUGUGAAUAAAAAAAAUCUACCCAUGACAAGAGGUAGUCACCUGAAAUGGUUUUUCACUUGAAGCUCAUCCAGAGAAUGCCAAGAGUGUGCAAAGCAGUAAUCAAAACAAAGGGUGGCUAUUUUGAAGAAACUAGAAUAUGUUAAGUACUCCACAUGUGUUCAUUUAUUGUUUUGAUGCCUUCAGUGACAAUCGACAAUGUAAA